AUGUCUGACGAAGUCGACUUCACCUUGGGGCGUUGGCAACCCGCCAGCUCUGCGAUCAGCGAUAGCAAUGUACCCCAGGAACCGCUCUCAGAAGACGUCUAUAUCACCAACCUCCGUCGUGAAGAGCUCUCCCGGGAAAGCAAGCAAGCGGAACAGCGUUCCUUUGCCAUGGGACGCCACCCUUCGUAUCUCGCCUACAUGGUCGAGCAGAAACACCAGCAGAAGCAGCUGAACGCCGCACCAAGCACGCAGAGUGUGCACAGCGUGCAGCCAACACGGGUUGAAGACAACCACCCGUCCUUGACUUCCAAUGCAUGGCAGACUCGUCGUCUCGGUCACUUGCACGCAUCCAACGCCUCCGCGGCCGAGGCAGAAGCCAGGGAUAUGAACGUUUUACCCAUCGGUGAAAUGGAUGCUCCGUGGCCCAAAGAGAUCGGACACGGUUCUGUCACGGUCAUUACGAACGACCGGAGUCACCUGGGGCAUCCACCGCUUUCUCUCCAGCCUAUCCAAAACUCGACCACCAUCAUCACCACGACCACCAAUGUCAGCUCUUGGCUAGCAAGCAGACAGCCUCUCGCGGGGGACAUGACCACUGCCGCCGCCGCCGCUACGACUCGCAGCAGCUCCAGGUUCUUCGAUCCCACCUUUGGUAGCAACAACAACUCAGCUGGUGUCAACGCAUCUGCCAGUGUACAGCUCGCGCCCAUGCCUCGACUUCGGAUCGACGCUUCCAAGGGGUCCUCUCGCGCACCUCUGCAGCCAUGGUCGGAGGGCAAGGUUGCCCACAACGGCUCACAUCUCGACAGCAUACGCAAUAUCACCGGAAACGGCAAAAACAACGGCAACGCCAGGAUCAACAAGACGCCCACGGCCAUCGUGUGCGGCGACGAUACUCCGACUUCAAAGGCCACAACGAACCUGGUAGCGGAAUCCACUUCAUGGAUCCCUUCGUCUAGUGCUAAUCUUCGAAGCUGCAGUAGCAACAGCACCGGUGACGCCAGCAACAUCAACAGCAUCGGCACCAGUAUCACUCAAAGCGGAGCGCCCUCACCAGUCCAAGAGCAGGAGCCCUCGAAGCUCUCUCGCGCGUCACUUGUCAUCAACAGCAUCGAUAAUGUCGCCAGCCAUGAGGAAACCACCGCCACCGUUCAUGGUAACAACCUCACCGGCAAUGGCAACAAUGGUCAUGGCAACAACAACGGCAACAACAUCAGCCAGCAGGAAACGCAAGUCCCCACCACCAGAGACGUUGACACAUCGGCCAUCAUAGUCGCCUCUCUUGGGCCCCCGGCCCCGGGUUUCUUGCUACCCAUGACGGGCUACGAGUUUGAGCUCAACCACGGCCGCAACCUGCUGGAGCUACACAGGCAGAAGCAGUGGGCGCAAGCGCAGCUGUUUUCGUGCAACGAGAACAACCGGUUUAAGCACACGCAGACGACGGCGUGCAUCGUCGCCGUCAAUGGACGCAUCAUUGGGCCAUACCGGGCAGAGAGUCUGCGGUGCUAUGGCACAAACCCCGAGAUUGAGGGUUUGCGGGUGACCAUGACAGUGAAUGAGGGGGACAACAGACACAUCGAUGCCGCCGAGAUCGACAGUAAAGAUGCUGCGUCGAUGCCUGUCUUCCGGAACGCCACACUGGUGCUGCGGCAUCAAAUCAUUAUGACGCAUCCUUUGCGCACCUACCACCACCACCAUCAGAAGCAGCUGCCACACCACGAUUUCUCGCAGUACAUGCCACCAUCUUCGUCCAACACGACGUCCAUUGCGUCGCUAAUGUCGUCUUUACCCCAGCUACCUGGUAGUGACCGGGCCUCGGCACUAUCGACGAGCACCCGCGCCCGGACGAAUACGGGGCAAAGCACGGCGAGCAGCAGCAUCGGCGGUGGCACGGCUAGUACGGCUCCUUCGACGAGCCACCGCUACAGCAUUUCGUCGACCGUGUCGGGCGCGUCGUCCACGGCUACUUCGUCGUCGUCGCACCAACAGGGCGGUCGUCGGUAUCUCUUUGCCACAACGACCAUCCCGCUGUACGCUGGUAUCGCAGCCCGGCCGGGAUACCGCCCUGUUGAGGCCAGCGCGGCCGCCGAGCGCAUUCACGAGUGGGGCGGGCGGCCAGACAAGGGUGUCUUUGGCAAUUCGUGGCUCGUGCACAUGGCAAUCGAGCCGGGCCACGUCCAGCACGACAUCGACACGAAGAUUAUGGAGCAGGUCCAACGGCUGACGAGCCAUCGCAAUGGCGGGGGUCGAGUCGAUUAUAGUGGCGGCCCAGAUGCGCCAACGUGCGAUGCGACAGAGGUCCAGAUCAUGCGCAUGGUCAAUGAGAGCAUGGCGAAGAUCGUGGCUCGGGAGGGAACGCUAUCGGUGAUGUUGUCGAACCACGUCACUCAAAAGAGGAUUGCGCGCCAGUGUCCCGAUCUGGUGGCCAUGUGGGUGAUGGCCCAGGAGCAUCUGUGA